AAUAAAAGAAAAAAUGGCGAAUUUGGUUGACCUAUGAUUUUAAUUUUUACGUGUUUUUUUAAUGAUCCAUUGUUUUUGAAACAAACAACAACAUGCACAAAGUGAAAACAAACAUUUCUAUUCAAUAUUCAAACUUUUGAACAUCAAUCUCAUGUGCUAAAAACCCAUAGGAAUUGUUAAUUUAUCCAAAUAUAAAAGAAAAACCAACGUACACAACGCAGGAAGAGAAUUUCAAGGUUCCCGUUAGUUUUGUGGAAGCAUUACAACAAUCAAGUUCUAAACAAUGUGCGAUGAGGAAUUGCCCUGUGACUUGGACAAGCUGGAAAUUGGGCCCCAGAUUCCCCAAAUUAAGCUCUGCGAUAACCAACUUCCCGUCACGCUUAAUCCUUUCUACAAUAAGAUCGACCACGAUGAGUCUGGUCGGGUUGGAACCGAGGUUAUAUUCGGGGACAUCAAAUGCAGUUGCCGAGUGCGCCGCAGGUCGGAAAGCGUUUUGGAUGAAUGCAAGUCCAGCAAUAGCAAUUCCGCAUUUGCCCGCAUCGAGCAUUCGAUAAGGAACCCAACACUGUUCAAACGUAAAAACAGGAAAAAAGUAUUGUUGCGAGAGCCAAUCUUGAAAUCGUUGCAGAAAUGUCUGCAUCCAAAGCACCUGAAGGCAUUUGGCGACAUCCCGAAUAGACUUUUAAAGAAGAGCGCCUCCAACGAAAAUAUUGCAGAAGGCUUCACUAAAUCCUGCCCAACUAUCGAGGCUCUAAAUGUUGACGAUUCUCUGGGCUUUCUUAGGAUAAGCAAUGAGGAGCCGUCGACUUCAACGGGCAGAAAAUCUGGCAUAACCGAUUUUCGAGAUCUCAUCGACGAGUGUCAAUCCCUACUGGAAACCAAUUUCAGUUUCGACAGUUGGAAUAACACGAUUGCUUCGAGAAAAAGUCUCAAGCACUUCAGUGUAGUUCAGUCUGCCGAAAACCGCUCGCAGCGAACAAGAACAAGGCACUGUAGUGAGAAUCACAAAGGUCAUGAAAAUGGGUAUGGGUCCAACAAAGAAGGAACAACCCGACAGAGUGGCAGUAGCAAUGCCAGCACGUCUUGUUCCCAGCAAGCUAGAAUAAACGCAUCCACAGUGGCGACUGGAAGUCAUUCCGCGGCAGUCGUUGCUGGUACAACAUCGCCGUGCGAUGUCACCAUCGAUGAACUGGCCAGCUAUUUUGAAACGUUCGUUCACAUACCGAAGAAGAUGUCUUCAAUGGCUGAGAUGAUGUAUAUUUGAUCAUAAAUUUCGGAUAGUCGGUUUUGGAAAACAGUGAACCCACAACUCGCUCGCCAUUGAACUCCAUUCUCGGGCAUGCUUUUUAUUUUAAAUAUUCUCUUCUCUUUUGUCUUCAAAAUAAUCACAACAACAACAACAAAAUGUAUGAAUAUAUUUAAUAGAAUUCUUAAUUUUGGGUAUGGAUUGCGUAAAACCAAUCACGAAUGAUAAGCUUUUUGUGUUAGAAUAAAUUUAAUGUGUAUCUAAAAAUUUGUAAUGGAAAUAAAACAAAAAAUAAGAACAAAUA